CAUGCUACUGUAAUGAGGGAUGAAUCGGGGAUGCAAUUCAAAUCGCUUACAGAAUUCCGACGACCACAGGACAAAGCAGUCGACGAGCGUGCCCAUCUGAUUGAUGGACAGCCCAAUUCUGGAUAUUUUUAUUCUCUGACGAGCCUACCGCCCAACCUCGUGACGUCCGUUUGGUUGAUUGUGGCCGUCACGCCAUGA